CUUUAGUGAUGAUUUUUUAGUAAAAAUGGAUCAGAAGGUCUCCUGCAAAUACUGCUUCACAAGUAUUUUAAAAAAAAAUCUUAAAAGACAUGAAAGAUAUUGUUCAAAGAAUGCUCUGGCUGAAUCUCAAAGUUUUAAAUGUGAUAUUUGUCAAAAUGUAUAUACAAGAAGUGAGAGUUUCAAAACUCAUUUUAAAAGUUGUCGUGGUACAGAAGGUACCACUUCAAAGAAGGCUUCACUUACCUGCAGUUACUCUGAGUGCGGGCUACAUUUCAAAACAAUUACUUUGCUAAUUAACCACCUUAAAAGUAUACACAAUGCUGCUGUGUUAGACAGUCAAACAUUAAGUUUUGAAAAUGAAAAAAACUUCAUUGCUUGGAAAGAAGAAGAAGAGGCCCGUACAUUUUCUUAUUUCUCUAAAAAAAGUGGAGACAAACUAAGUUCUAAAGGAGAUGUGGUUAAAUCCUAUUAUUGUCAACAACACGGAUCUGAUAAGGCCCAUAAAAAAAUUGGAGAACCGAGCAAAAAAACGGACAGGAGAGUUUCAAACGGACGAGUCAAAACUAAUAAAACUUGUAUUUCAAAAAUGAAAGCAACCUUCCAUAAAAACGGUUCUGUAAUUGUAAUUUACUAUCCCACUCAUAGCCACCCACUACAUGCAUCCUCAAUACAGUUUCAACCAUUGUCAUCCGAAACAUACAAUUAUAUUGAUGCACAACUAGCAGCUGGGGUUUCCCCUUUAGUAAUUAAAAGACAAUUGAAAGAUAAAGCUGUGGAAAAGGCUUCCAUCCUGGAUGAGAAUGUUGAUAAAUAUAAGGAUUGUUUUGUUUCACUAAAACUUAUUAAAGAGCGUGCUCGCAGAAGACGCAUAUCUAAAAUGUUUGACAAAGAAGAUGCUAGAUCGGUGAUGUUAUUAACAGACCAUCUUAUCAAAGAAGACCCUGAUAUGGUGUUGAUUUAUAAACCACUAGGAAUGCCUUGUCAAAUCGGACCCGAAGAAAUAAACAACUUGCCGGACAGCAACAAUAUCUUUAUGUUUGGCCUUCAAACUAAAGAUCAAAGGCAACUGAUGGUUGAAGGAUGCAAAUUAAUUUUGUUAUUGGACGAAACCCAUUGCACAAACCAAUAUGGGUUUACUCUUCUAAACCUUUUAAUCGUCGAUGAGAAGAAACGUGGCUGGCCUGUAGGCCAUUUCAUUACCAAUAGAAGUGAUGAACGAUGUCUGGAGCUGUUUUUUAAAGCUUUGAAGUCAAAAAUCCCUCAAUUGGACAUCAACUGUGUGAUCACUGAUGAUGAUCCUAAGCUAAUUAAUGCUAUUGAGAAGGGGUUUGAAGAAGAACUUAGACACAUUUUAUGUUUAUGGCACCUCACCAGAAACUUCAAGAAGCAGCUUAGAGAGAAAGCUCCAAGAGAUCUCAUCCCUGAAAUGUUUGUUUCAUUAAAACUCAUGAUUGAAGCAAAGACUUAUUCAGAGUUUGAACAAUACAGUGAUGCCUUUUUAAGUAAGUUUAAGGAUGAAGCUCCAGAUUUUGUGUCAUACUUAAAGCAGUAUUACUUGACAGAACCACGUAAACAGAAGUGGGCAAAAUGCCAUCGUAACUUUUAUCAUGGAGAAGUUGACACUACAAACUACAUUGAAUCCUUCCACAAUCGACUAAAAACCACAUAUAUGGAAAGAAAGCCAAAUAGAAGACUGGAUACGCUGAUCCAAUUGCUCAUAACAAUUUCCGAAGAUGACUCUUGGAGUCGAAAACGUAACGACCUAUUUGACAUUCAUCAGGGACCCAGCUUUGAUCUUCGACACAAAAGAGGAAUUCAAUUAUUAGACAAUAGUAUAAAAAAUGUUUCCCCAAAUCUGUGGGAAGUAACUUCUGCGAAAGCCACAGGAAAAGUGUACCAAAUUCUUCGCAAUGAAACUGAGUGCACUUUUGACCUGUGCUUUUUCAUAUGCAGGCAAUGCCCCGGACUAUGCUCGCACCUGUACACAUGCUCAUGUGAAGACAUAGAGCCUCUAUGCAAGCAUGUGCAUAAACUUCACUCUUAUCUUUCAAGAGAUGUUGUAGUCGCACAACUGAACACAAAAUGUGAAAGCAAUGAAUUAUUUUUCUCUGAGUCAGCAAUUGAAGAAAAUAGUUUCAUUACAACACAAGAAAUUCAGAAACGCCACAUAGAAAUUCAGAGAAGAAAAUUGAAAGAAAAUAUUGAAAAAUUGAUGCUCCUAGUAGAAGAUGAUGGUGUGCCUGUGAAUGUUUUGGACAAACUUAACAAUGAAGUAGUUAGUGCAAUCAAACAUGCUGAGGUUUCAAUGAAAAAUUCAUUAGAUAUGCCCGUAAUGUGUACUUCCGAGACAUUUGCACCUAAUCAGAAACUAAAGACUCAGUUGUCGCAAUUGCUGCCUUUUAAAAGGCCCAACAAAAGGAAGAAGUCCUUUGAUGUUGUUGCAGCUGCUAAUAAGAAGAAGUCUGUUUCUGCUGAUCUCCUGUCUUUGUCUUCCAGAACCAACAAUGAGUCACAGGGUCUGUCAGAAGAGGAGACACUUGAAUGCAACAGUUAAAAAUCGGGAGAGGAUGCAAGAGUGAUGACAUCCCAAAGCAGAACAAGAAGACGAGCCAGGAUCAUCCUUGCAGGGUUCCCAAGCUUCCAGGAAACCCUGGAAUUUCAAGAGUAUCCAGAAGUCCUAAGAAUAGCCCUUGAAUUUAAUUAUCUGUCUUUAUUAUUCAAACUUUUGUCCUUUAAUUUUAUCAUGUCCUAGAGUUCUUACUUUUAAAUUUAAAUUUUUUUUGUUUUACCGGUUCUGAAACGUAGUAAAAAACCAAUUUUCUUAGGAUUGUUUUGUCAGAAUUGUUUACCUGUACUUUUUCCCCUAUUGUUUAAAGGAAUAUGCAUUUUAUUUAAUGAGGUAAAUUGACUGCACCUCAUAAGCUGAAAAAGGGAGUAUGGUUGGUUAAUCAACAGAAAAAAUGAGCAUUUUUGUUGAUAUAUUGUAUUUAAUACACUAAAACUGUAAACUUAAUAAAAGUUUUGACGAACUCGGUACAGUGCAACCUCUAUUAACCGUAUACCAGUUAAGCGAAUGGAGGUAUAACAGAAAUAUUGCAAAUUCGGACCUAUGCUAGUGUAUGAAAGACUAAAACUUUGCCAAUUUUACAUAUUUUUUUAGUUCUUUUGCUUGUACCGGAUUUCAGGUUCAUUACCUUAAAUCUCAACGCGAAAUCAUAGAUCAGCUUACCACAGGUGUACUAGCAUUACUCACAAUCCUUCGCCAGGUCAUCAAAGCUCAGAACCAGGUGAUCACCCCAGUCGUUUCUUGUGUGUUGUCACAUAUGUGCAGGGUACGUUAUUUAUUCAGAUGUAUUUUUUCAGAUGUAUUUUUUCAGAUGUAUUUACGUCGAUUAUCAGAUGUAUGUACUUAUUUAUUUACUGUAGAACUGUUUUGAGUGUUUUUGUAAAAGCAUGCUGAUUGAAUUUCAAUUUGUAGAAUUUGUUGUUUGUGAUCUUUCUGCUUUUCUUAACUGAUUAUUCCAAAUGCAUGUACUACAGUAGACUCCCUCUUAUUUGGACUCCUCGGGACCGAUGCCAGUCCGGAUAACGGUUUUCCGGUUAAACCGACGUCCUCAAAAGCUCGUUAAAGGACCGUUUAUUGUGAUAUUCAACUUAAAUUUAGGAGAGCAUUGCAUUUAGACACGUGAUUACUUAUCUCAAAUCUUUCCCACGAGAACAGUCGUUUCAGUACUUUCCUGCCGAUCUACCGUAGUAUGGUUAAACCAAUGUAAUGUGCUGAUAAAAAUUGUCAGGUUAAAGAGAUGUCUUUCCUCUGGAUGUAGUCCGGUUAAAAGGUGUCCGGAUAAGAGGGAGUCUACUGUAUUGUCAAAAACUAUGCAUGUACUAUUGCCUUACUUAACUGAUGAUUCCAAAUGCAUGCAUUAUUGUCAAAAGGAAAAUAAAUAUUCUUAAGCUGUAUUCAUUACUGCUGUGUUCAGUCAACCUGACACAAACAGCCAUUCUUCGAGAUCUGCACUACAGUGAUAUAUUGUUACUACAGUGAUAUAUUGUUGCUGGCCAGUCCCAAAGGACUUGCAGGUGUUGGAUUUGUCUCAAAUUAAAGAUUCACACCAUCUGCUACUAUGCUGUCGCUGUUGGUCGUGUGGCAGCGCCUGUUCACUUUAAAAAUAAUUCCAAGAAAAAAAUUGCUAUAUGAGUUUAAGACGGCAUUAAAUGUAAAAACUCUUCAAGUUAAAUUCACAUUGUAAAACAUCCAAUAUUCAUUGUAACAACACUGGUUGAAAAGGUUAUAAUAUAUAUUGAGUUUUUAACUA